UUUAUUGUUUAACAACAAAGAAGAAGCCACUAAUAUGAUUCUACGACACCAGAAGCUUAUGACAUCAUAUUAUGUAACACACCUUUUAGAGAACAGCCGUGUACAUCGAAAACAGUUUUUUCAUUUUUCACUUCUGCCCAACUUUAUUCCUCGGCACACAUGUUCAGGGAGGGCUUUGUCCACUUCCCUGCGCCGAGGGGAAGUGAAAGGAGAGAAGAGCGGCUCCACAGCAGGAAUCCGGAUAUGAUGAAAAUGUUUGAGGCGCAACUAUCCUCAGCAAACUGACUUACCGCCACGGAACGUCGACCGCGUCGACAGGACUAUUAUUGCUAUUUUGUCAACAACAUCUGGACGAAGUUGGAAGUCGGAGUUGCUAAAGUUUCCCGGAGGAGAAGAAGGAAAGUUUCUAUCUAACCCAGUUUCGUCUGGUUUCCUUAUCCCUUCAAAGUUUUCGAGAAAGGAGUCGGAGGAAGGAAGGAAGCAAGCAAGAAAGGAAGGAAGGAUGGGAAUACGUCCAGCGUAAAGCGUUGCCAUGUUUGAAAGCCGGAGCUGAUGAUGAGACAUUGGCUUUCACCGCGCUGAAGGAAAGGGAGGUUCCUGUCUGUGUCCCAAAAAGACGAGUGUCUCAUGUCCAACGACACCGUCCCUCCUCCGGAUGGACCGGCAGGGCCAGGGAGGGGCCCUCAGCAAGAGACAAGUCCCCUACUGUCAGCCUCUCAAGAUGCCUGCGACAGUGAACCGUCGGGAAGAACGCCGUCUCCAAGGAAACCGGCCGCCGAAAGGCCGAGGCUCGCGACAGAGGGGACGGCAGAUGAGCCCGUAAGAACCCAACCGCAGUCCCAGACGUUUCCCUCGGAGCCGGCCGAGGGAAACGCUGGCAAGGAGCCAAAUGGCCUUCGCCACAACAGCGCAGGCCCGCCCGCGCUAAGCAACGGGGCCACGCGCACAUGCUUCUGCGGUGCCAAAAGCAGUGCAGACGCCGCCGCCGCCGCGGGUGGGUCCGGCCCUGGCGCGAGAUCAGCGCCGACGGCGACGCAGCAGCCGCCCAGGAAGCAGCCGCCAACGCCCGUGUCGCAGAGGGUGCAGAGGAAACUGAGGUCCAGCCUGUCGGUCAACAGCGACAGCAGCAGACGCAGUAAAGGCAGCUCGAUGGGGUCGCAGAAGCCUCCUUUACCAGAAGACUGCUGCGUCCACUGCAUCUUGGCCUGCCUGUUCUGCGAGUUCCUGGCACUGUGCAACAUGGCGGCGACGCAGGCCUCGUGCGGCGCGUGCACCCCGGAGGCCUGCUGCUGCUGCUGCUGCGCUGACGACCUGGGCGACGACUGCAACUGCCCCUGCGACAUGGACUGCGGCAUCAUGGACGCCUGCUGCGAGUCGUCGGAUUGCCUGGAAAUCUGUAUGGAGUGCUGCGGCAUCUGCUUCCCCACAUAGGGCGGGACCCAGGAUGGAAGAAUGAAUUUGAGUUCAGCAACUUGUUUUGUUCAAGGCACAAUGAGUAGGAUUUUUACGGUUGCUGUUUUGCCAUCACAACAAAGCAAUACUUUUCUGUUACCUUCUUGGAUACGCGUGGUUUGCAAUCUCUUACAAAGCCAAAUUAGGCGGAGGGCAGUCUCUCUACAGACAGAUGUACCACCUACAUCCAGUUAUAUGUAAGUGGUGCUUUAGUGGGAUUAUUUUUGUAUUGGUCUAUGAAUUGUUUAAAGGAACUUGAAGCGAAUUUGACACGGCCCCUGUGCGCCAAAGUACUCUCACUCUUCUCAUUUUACUGCACUGGGGCCUGACUGUGCUGCCCGAGUGUGUCAGCGGAACAACUUUCAGGUGAACCUGACUGAUUUCAUCAACCCUGAAGCUGAAACGGCCCCGAUGACAAGGAAUCGCUAUAAGAAUAACUAUAUACAGAAAUGGACAAUAGUCUGACUGAGGAUCUCGUUUACUUAUGUUUGCCAUGUAGAGGCAUCAGUAUUAAAUUGAUACGGUUUAAUACGGAAACCUUUUAAGUAUUCUCUCUAUUACGUAAGACGUAUUAUUACAGGCCGUCUUAAUGAUUUUUUUGUUACAUCAGGAAUGCUCUCUAAUUGUAUCUUAUCGUCUUAGUCAAAAACCUAAUGCUUCAUUUAUUCUGAUUUUAUUUCUCAUUGCUCAAAAUCUGAGGUUACAGUCUUAGUGCUGUACAACACUGUAAAAGGUUUAAGUGAAAUUUCAUACAUUCUUAGUUGCAUACUUUUGCAACAGCAACUCUCGUAUACAGUUAUUUACUGUAGCACUGUAGAACAGUUGAAACUGGUGAAAUAUCAAAGGGGGAAUCAGGACAUCACAAAUGCAACAUAUGUGCCUUUUUUGGUUAUUUGUACAUUUCCAUUCCAAGCGUUCUUCUUAAUUGAAGUUGCCUGUACCUGAAAAGAACUGGACAAACUGAUGAGCAUGUAUUUAUUUGCUAAAUCCUGGUGGAAGGUCAAUGAAAGCGUGUCUUAACGAUGAAUCGCAACACCGCUCCACAUUUGGAAGUAUUUGCCGCUUUGGGAUUACUGGAAAUACAGCGCAGAUACUCAAGAAAAAUAACAUCUCACUGCAACGUAAAGAUAAGCCAUGUGUUUCUUUAUCUAAUGUUAGCCAUCUACAAUCGGGCUUUGUCAGCUGCGUAUGGUACAAGUCUUUUCUGUGAUGCUAUGUUCCAUACAUACUAUGUAAAUAUGUUGAACUGCACUAUGUUCAUGAGGGCUUUGAUACGGAAUUAAAAAGGGCGACCCUUUUGCCGCAUAAGCGGCUUUCGGGUAUCGAGCCUCGUGACUCGCAAUGCAAAAAAAAAAAAAAAAUUAUCACGGACUGUCAUGUUGGAAUGGUAAACUAAUGCCGGGGAAAGGCAGUUUUUUUUUUUUUUCUCUUCUCCUUUUCUCCCCUCGGUUCCUCAGUUCUGUGUAUCUCGAGAUGAUGAGUUUCUGGUGAAUCACCAGCGGAGUCAUUCUCUUCUCUCGGAGAUCCGCUUUGAUGUUGUUGAAGUGCUGAUUCGUAAUGCUGGCCUUCAUUAGCACCGCUUGCUAACUGGUUGCAAAAAGUGUCCCAUCCGCAAGGCAACAAAGAUAAUGUGCUGUCAUGCACGGAUCGUCUUAAUGGCGCACUGUUGUUUGUGUGUGUGUGUGUGUGUGUGUGUGUGUGUGUGUGUGUGUAAGGAGGUUGAGGGAGGAACCGCUGCAGCAGAUUCUGAGGAAAAAGUAAAACCUCAUUUACAUGUUUAUGAUUAACUCACAAGAGUAUCAAAGAACAUUAUAGAUAAUGUGAAGAAAUCAUCUAACAUAUACGUUGCUAUGUAGCUGCAGUAGUUGUGUUGUCUAUUUCUAUUGUGUGCCCGACACUUGGUCCUUCUCAUUUUCAUCAUUUGUCAAUUUUAGAGGUCACAGCUCAUGUUCUCACUUUUGUACAUUAUUUUCAAUCUCAGAGAAAAGUUUGAAAAAAAUAAAACUUUUCCAAAAAUG